AUGGCCUUAUAUGCAAAAUUCAUGAAAUAUUUGCUGUCCAAGAAUAAGUCCUUGAAGGGAGGCCAAACAGUGGUGAUGACUAAGGAGUACAGUGCCAUUAAUCAGAGGAACUUGUCAACAAAGAAGAAAGAUCUAGGGAGUUUUCAAAUUCCUUGCACUAUUGGCAAUACUACCUUUGACAGAGCUUUAUGCGAUUUAGGGGUAAGUAUUAAUCUAAUGCCUUUAUGUGUGAUGAAGAGGUUGCAAAUUCAAGAGUUGAAUCCCACUAAAAUAGUUCUACAAAUGGCAGACAAAUCAAUCAAGCAUGCACAUGGAGUAGUUGAAAAUAUCUUGGUCAAAGUGGAAAAAUUUUUCCUCCCAGUGGACUUUGUCAUUCUUGAUAUGGAGGAAGAUGAGCAUGCCUCAAUCAUUAUAGGAAGACCUUUCCUAGCCACUGGAAGAGCCCUUAUUGAUGUUGAAAAGGGUGAGUUAAUGUUGAGGGUUUAG